AUGCUACUGCAAUCAGUAACCGAACCGGGAAAAUGGGUUGAACACUUGAAACUACAAGGCAGUCUUGACCAAGUCAACAGAAUUUUAGGGAAAAUCAUAUUACGAUGUCCUAACGUAGAAACAUUUGAAUGUGGUUGUAUCGAUUGGAAGCGAUUCUAUAGAUUGCUAACGGCCAAUGGAGGCUGGUUUUUAUUAAAAAAAAUAAUCCCUUCAAUCGGGCAGCUUAAAGACCCAUACUAUUACGAGAAAUCCUGCAACUACUUUGGUGAAUGUCUGACAGAACUACAUCUCAAAAGCAUCACUUUUUCAAACUUGAAAAACUUUACUCAGCUGAAAAAAUUACGCUUGGGUAAAAUUUCAAAUAGCUUACUUUCUGUGAUUAAACUAAUCGGUGAUGAUACACCGCAGCUACUGGAACUUGACAUUAUUUUUUACGAGAUUGUCUACGCACAAAAUAGACAUACAUUUGAUGAGAUUAGAGACUCCGUCAAAGAUACCUGUAUUUUUUCAAAUAUCAAGACGCUUACUUUAGCAAACUACAAGCUCUAUGGGGAUGAAGAGUUAGAACUUUUAAAACACUUUGGAAAUUUAAAGAAGCUCACUAUUUCGAUCGCUACUUUGGAAGAACGUAUCAACUUUGAAUUUUUAAUAUGGGCGUCCAAGUUAGCGACAUAUUGCUGUCAAUUGAAAGUAGUUAAUGAGAUAUCAUUUAUGAAGUAUCUAUGUGACCUUCGAAGCUGUGGUAAAGGAGAACUUACUAUUGAAUUUACACCUUUUGCAUACGACUCGGAAUUUGGCCAAUUUCAUACCAGAGCUAUUGUUAGCAAUGGUACUCCCUUCGGCAAGAUGAACGUCGCUUUGAUAUUUUGUAUGAAAAGAAAUUCGGAAGAGAACAUUCAAAAAGCAAUGAGAGUAAAGCAUGAUAGUGAACCCCAUUUUGAUCAACUUACUAUGAGGAGAUAG